AUGGAUCUCAAUGCUCCCCACGGAACUACGAUCGUCGGCGUUACCUACGACGGCGUCGUCGUCCUUGGUGCGGAUUCCAGGGUGACUUUAGAAAUGGGUGUCACAAUUGAUUCGAUGACGAACAAGAUCAUCCAGCUAACGGAUAAAAUUUAUAUUUGUCGUUCAGGACCGGCUGCUGCUUCUGAGGUUCUCUCAGAUUAUGUUAGAAACAUAUGCUUGAUCAACAAGAGUGAAAUUCAAUUUGGGCAACCUGCAAAGGUCAAAGAUGCGGCUAAUUUAGUUAGAUUAUUUUCUUAUAAAAAUAAGAACAUGAGACAAAUGGGUGUGAUUGUUGGUGGAUGGGAUAAGUACGAAGGAGGCCAAAUAUUUGCAGUACCACCGGGAGGGGCCAUUUUGAAACUGCCUUUUGCAAUUGAGGGAUCCGGCUCACGCCACAUUAGAGAUUUUGUUGACAUGACAUGGAGAGAAGGGAUGGGGAAAGUUGAAGCUGAGCUAUUUGUAAUUAAAGUUGUAUCACGUGCUAUCGCCAAAGAUGAAGCGAGUGGAGGACUUGUUCGCACAGUUACCAUAAACUCUGAUGGUGCCAUAAAAAAUUCCUAUACACCCGACGACGACGAGGACGACGACGAUGACGACGACGACGACGAGGAUGACGACGAUGACGACGACGAUGACGACGAGGACGACGACGGAGGCGACGAGGAGGAGGAGGAGGAUGACGGCGACGACGGCGACGAGGAGGAGGAGGACAACGGCGACGACGGCCGCCAGCCGACGGCGGACGACGAAGACGACGGCGAUAACGGCGACGACGUUGACGAGGAGGAGGAGGACGACGGCGACGACGGCUGCCAGCCGACGGCGGACGACGAAGACGACGGCGAUGACGGCGACGACGGCGACGAGGAGGAGGAGGAGGAGGACGGCGACGACGGCUGCCAGCCGACGGCGGACGACGAAGACUACGGCGAUGACGGCGGUGACGGCGAUGAGGACGGCGGACGGACGACGGCGGACGACGACAGCGACGAUCUGAAGCCAUAA